GCAAUAUGUGACUCCGCCAAGCGGCAGCCGUUCUCUCAGUGCCUCCCAGAUACCAGAGUGGACCUCCCCGCCGAUCUCAGGCAGCACGUCGCUAAAGGCUCGGGUAAGAUCAUAUGGCUAAGCGGCGAAUCCGGCUGUGCCAAAUCCAUGAUUGCCCACACGCUAGCGGACCAACUUCGUGAGGAGGGCUCGCUCGCGGCGACCUUCUUCUUCUCGCGCAAACACGUCAAGCGCAACGACACUGACACGUUCUUCCUCACGAUUGCGUACCAGCUCGGCCUCCUCCACCCGCGUGCCAGGGGCGCAAUCGGCAAGGUUAUCGCUGAGGACACAGCACUGUUAUCGCCGGAAAAGUCAUGA